AUGAGCAGCGAGGCCGAGACCCAGCAGCCACCUGCCGCCCCCAUCGCCGCCCUCAGCGCCGCCCACACCAAGCCCGGCUCCACGGGCAGCGGCAAGGGGAGUGGCGGCCCGGGUGGCCUCACAUCGGCGGCGCCCGCCGGCAGGGACAAAAAGGUCAUUGCAACGAAGGUUUUGGGAACAGUAAAAUGGUUCAAUGUAAGGAACGGAUACGGUUUCAUCAACAGGAAUGACACCAAGGAAGAUGUAUUUGUACACCAGACUGCCAUAAAGAAGAAUAACCCCAGGAAGUACCUUCUCAGUGUAGGAGAUGGAGAGACUGUGGAGUUUGAUGUUGUUGAAGGAGAAAAGGGUGUGGAGGCAGCAAAUGUUACAGGCCCUGGUGGAGUUCCAGUUCAAGGCAGUAAAUACGCAGCAGACCGUAACCAUUAUAGACGCUACCCACGUCGUAGGGGUCCUCCACGUAAUUACCAGCAGAAUUACCAGAACAGUGAGAGUGGGGAAAAGAACGAGAGAUCGGAAAGCGCUCCUGAAGGCCAAGCCCAACAACAAAUAGUAAGGUUCCCACCUUACUAUUUGCGGAGACCCUAUGGGCGUCGACCACAGUAUUCCAACCCUCCUGUGCAAGGAGAAGUGAUGGAGGGUGCUGACAACCAGGGUGCAGGAGAGCAAGGUAGACCAGUGAGACAGAAUAUGUGGGGUUACAGACCACGAUUUCCCAGGGGCCCUCCUCGCCAAAGACAGCCUAGAGAGGACGGCAAUGAAGAGGACAAAGAAAAUCAAGGAGACCAGACCCAAGGUCAGCAGCCACCUCAACGUCGGUAUCGCCGCAACUUCAAUUACCGACGCAGACGCCCAGAGAACCCUAAACCACAAGAUGGCAAAGAGACAAAAGCAGCCGAUCCACCAGCUGAGAAUUCGUCCGCUCCCGAGGCUGAGCAGGGCGGGGCUGAGUAAAUGCCGGCUUACCAUCUCUACCAUCAUCCGGUUUGGUCAUCCAACAAGAAGAAACGAAUAUGAAAUUCCAGCAAUAAGAAAUGAACAAAGAUUGGAGCUGAAGACCUUAAGUGCUUGCUUUUUGCCCGUUGACCAGAUACGCUAGAACUAUCUGCAUUAUCUAUGCAGCAUGGGGUUUUUAUUAUUUUUACCUAAAGAUGUCUCUUUUUGGUAAUGACAAAUGUGUUUUUU